AUGGGCGUAGCCUUGCACACCGACGCACGCUACAGCGUCAAAUACGUGACCGAGCGUAUCACUCGGAAGCUGGGGCGCUGGAUGAAAUCCCAGAAUCCGGAGGAUCAAAAGAUCCUCGAUGAAGACCUCCGGAUACUUGCCGAGUGGUCCAUCAAGCUAGACUGGCACCUCCACUGCAACCAUCAGAUGUUCGACUUCCGAUUUCGCGACCCGGCGACCAAGAAACCCUACGGAUUUCCUUAA